AUGCUAUCAACCAUUUGUAAACUGGUUUCACAAACAGUUGCUGAUCAAUUAGUGGAAUUUUAUACAACAACAUUGUUAACGGAAAAUCUUCUUACAGAAGAAAUUUUCUUGGCCAAUGCUCAAGGUGUGCGUGAUCAAUUCACAAAUACAACGAGGAAUUCAUUUCUAACAUCAUUAAAUGCAAUACGAGCAAUAGUACAAGGCAAUGGAAUUGUUAAUCGUCUCGGAACAAAUUUUAAACUUGGAGCUGACCACAACAACACUCACAUUCAAGCAAGUAGUCCAAUUUCAUAUUCAUCGUAUCAGUGCUCAUGUGCUCUAUCAUCAUAUUGUACAAUGAUAACCAGCAUUUCUUCCGCAUAUCGCGGUGAUCUAUCCUACAAUUCAAUUGAAUUUCCGCAUAGUAAAGUGAUUCUAGCUAAUCUUACAUUUCUUGUUACCGGCAUUAAUGUCGGAUGUUUUGUUCUCGACGCUGUUCUUCAAUCAAAUCUGUCUUGUUUGUACAACACAUCAUGCUUAUCUCAGUUGAACACGUAUUUAACCGACUCAUUAUAUCCAUAUAAUGCAACUGCACUGCUGAAUUCUUCUCCUUCUUAUUCACCUCAAACAAUUGGUGAAUUAGCUGAUAACUUAAUGGUUGACAACUGGCUGUUUACUCCAUCCUACGAAGCGUAUUUCACUGCAUGUAAUCCGCCGUCGUGCACUUAUACAUAUACUCACCAGUUUGACAUUAUUUAUGUUAUCACAACUACAGUUGGUUUCAUUGGAGGGAUUGUUACGAUACUAAUGCUGCUAACGGUGCCACUGGUUACAUUUAUUCGACGACGAAUAUUCACACAAGGCCGUCUCUCUCCAUCGCUUAUUGAUGACGAUCAUACAACGGCAGCAGCGUCAGAUGGAAUUAGAGUACACUUACGUGUAUUAUUCAUAAACAUCAAAGAAGCGGUUAUCAAUUUAAAUCUAUUUAAAGAUCCAGAAAAGCAAAGUGAUCAUGAUCUGCAGAAUCAACGUUUUUCAACGUAUGCCUUUCUCAUUUCAAUGGUAGCAACACUAUGCAUUCUUAUUCUCUACACUACACUACAAUUUGUAGCAAAAACUGUGACCGUCAAACAACCAACAGUCGAAGUAUACACCAGAUUGCAACAGCAGUAUCCACAAACACUCGUUUGUCCAUGUACACAAAUCUCAAUUAAAAAUGAAAAGUUUAUCUCAUUUAACCCUACAUUUCAUCAAAUAUGUCAAUCGGAUUUUGUAACAACUAAUUGGACAAAUUAUCUGAUUCACCAAACUGUUAUUCUUAACGGAGACGACUUGCGCGACUAUGGUUCUACUUUCUUUCCGACGUUGGCAUCAUUUUGUGAUCUAACGCUACAGACUAUUCAAAAUGCUCUACUAAUAUUUAAUUCGAUAAUAUAUGUUACACGAAAUGUACAACAAAAAGAUGUGUUUCAAUCACAAAGCGACCAGAUUGUCAAUCUAUUUAUUCGAACAACAAGUAGUUCAUUUCUUCAACUACUGUCGUUGAAUCUACAGCUAACCACAGGCAAUGGUUUACUUACUGGUAAAUCCCCAAACUGGAAAUAUACUAUAAUAAAUGAUAGCACAGAUCAUUCGUCAGAUCUCGUAUUUUAUCCACGGUUCUUCAUGGAUGUUAACGGCAAUUGCUCAUGUAAAACACAUCCAACAACUUGCGGUGAACAAUCGGGUAUUAUAGAUACAGACUCUGAGCAUAUGUACGUCAUUCCAGGUUUUAGAACAGGUUGUUUGACAGUUGUGACCCUGUUCACAUCAACAUUAGAAUGUUAUUUUGAUCAAUCAUGCUUGGAUACAAUUUACACUUUAAUUUACUCAACAUCCUUUUUUCCAUUUAAUGCUACAGCAAUGAAUUAUUCAUCUUCUGCUAGCCGUUACAAUACAACAACAAAAAUACAGGAAAUUAUUGAACAGUUGAUGAUUGAACAGUGGAAUAACGUAACAUCAUUUGAUUCAUAUUUCUCUGAAUGUAAUCCAGAUAGUUGCACUUAUAUCUACAAUAAGCAGGCUGAUUGGAUUUAUGUUAUCACGACAAUUGUUGGUUUAGUUGGCGGAUUGACAACUGUUCUUCGAAUUCUCAUACCACCACUCGUGGCAUUUAUCAGACGAAAAAAACGUCUUGUUACCGAACUCGAUAGCUAUGUUAAAAAUCCUACUCAGGACCAGUUUAACACACUCUACCAACGAUAUCCAAACACAUUACAAUGUCCAUGCACUACACUGUCAAUUCAAUAUCAAAGCUUUAUUCAAUUUCAACCUCAACUGCAUCCACUCUGUCAAAGUAGCUUCAUUACAUCACAAUGGUUCCAGAUUGACUAUGCAGCUGAGCUACUUGGUAAUGCACCCAGAUUUCGUACAAAAGUCGAUGAUUUUCGUCAUAUCGCUGGCCUAUUCUUUCAAAUGUUAUACUCUUUCUGUCAACUGUCACUGCAAACAAUUGACACUGCAUUAGUUACAUUUAAUUCUACUGCAUUUAUAACACCAAAUCUAGUACCGCUGGCACAAUUUCAAGUGCAAACAAAUCAGUUUGUCAAUCAGUUUACUCAAAAUACGGCUCGUUCAUUUGCUAGUACGCUAAGUCUAAUCAACAAUAUGACGCAAGCAAAUAUGUUAGUUUCAGGUCUGUUGACCGAUUCAAUAUCUACUAUUUAUCCACAAUACUAUUACCUUGAUUACGAAUAUGUAUAUGAUCGACGAGAUCAAGAAUACAAUUCAACUGGCAUUGAAUGUGAUUGUGAAGAAACACCCUAUUGUAUUCAACAGGCAGUUGUUUAUGAUAGCAAUAGUGGUAAAAAUAUUCUAUUUCACACGCCAGGUAUCUACGUUGGCUGUUACAUAGUUGAAGCCUUACUACAAAGUGAUUUACAAUGUUUCUUUGAUUUUGAUUGUUUACAAUCGUUACUAAAUGCAUUAAGUUCGGCAUAUUCAAAUGUUUCCGCCAUUGUCUUACCAAACUCAACUCAUUACGCAGCUGAUACGCCGAUGCAGGUUAUCGUUCAGAAUUUGAUGGUUGAAGAAUGGAAUAAUGACACGUCAUAUGAUUCAUAUUUCAACAUAUGUCGACCGGAUCAUUGUACAGCUAUGUACGUUAGUCGUGGAAAUGUUGUUUACAUAAUUACAACGACGAUAGGACUCAUUGGUGGCUUGACAAAAGUUAUGCAUCGUUAUGGUCAAACACCCUUAAAGUUACCGUUUAUACCACCAUCAAUGAUUGAGCAAUUAUUACAAGUUUACCAUGAUAGUCCAAUCAGUGGACAUUUAGGUGUUAACAAAACCUGA